GGGAGACAGUCCUCCAAAAUACUCCUUGAGGAAUAAAGACUGGAGGUGGAGAUGAGUCACAUUGUAAUGUCAAUCAGAUCUUCUUCACGUUCUACGUGUCUUGCUCAUAACAACAAGUCUUCCAGAAUAGAGCGUUUAAUCCAGUUUGAAAAAAACACCGAGAUCUCAUAUUACGGAAUUCUACAUUUGAUAAUUUUUUUCCUACAUUUGCUGCAGACUGUAUCGCGUUAAACUUGAAAUUAUUUGCAUGAACACUGUCAUUUCUUCCCGCCGCAUGCAAACAUGGAUCAUUGAACUCUCAACCCACUAUUGACGUCUGUUAAGUUCACAACCCACAACGUUCAUCAAUAUACAUGCCUGUUUUUUGAUUUUUUUUUUCUCGGAAAAAACGGAUCCCGAUAUAGAAAAUCAGGAUUAAUUGGAAUUUCAUAUCGAAUCAAAGGAUUGGCGGUCGGUGUUUGAGACCUCCUAUAAAGUUCUAAUCCUGCUGAUGAUGGCCGGCAGAAGACUCCAUCUCAGUCCUUGUGUUGCGAAUGAUUUGGCAUUGAUAGACAACCUACGUUCGGAUCUCGAAGGCAUGAAGAGGGAACAUAAACGAAUACAACAAGAUUUGAGGGACAUCAGUUCUUCGUUUAAACUCUUCCGCCACGUCAUUAGCUCAACUAAAAAGAAGCCCCGCCUACCAGAACCGGUUCUCGAUGCGACAUCACUACGUCCUGUUCCUACCAUUUCCGUAUUCGACCCAUCGGGCCUGGUCAGCGACCACGAUAACACGGGCUACGACAACGACGACGAUGACAAGGAUGGAAGCUCUGUCGAUGGCAUCACAUUCUUUCGGGAUAUCGUUAACCAACAGUGCAGGGAAGAGCAGAUUCGAUCCGAUGAGAAAGGCAAAGUGAUGGAAUUUAUGCUAUUCCCGCCAAGGCGGCCCAGGUCGUCGUCAUGGCAACUACUGGGUAGUGCGAAAUUAGGAGAGCGAGUUGGGCAUUUGCUAGACCGCAGAGGGUCGUGUAAGAACAGUUUAAUUUAAUAAUGCAGAAGGUAUAUCAUUUGUACUGAAUUAAAUGUUUACAACAUAAA